GCUGGGCAAUGUUCGCCGCCGCUGCAUACAGCUCAAGCCGCAAGGCAACCACGAUCUAGUUCAGGCCUUACAUUCCUCCGGGAUGUCACGUUCUAUCUUCAUGUUCGUUGCGCUGGCUGCUGCCACAGUGGCAGCUGCAAGCGACCUCGCCACUGGCGCUGAGGGCGCAGAGGACUACUGGGCAGGAGCCGUGUGGCAGGACCUUCAGCUGCUCUUCUCCUUCGCCCUGGGCAUUCUCUUCGUGCGCUUGCCGAAACCAUCUUGGACGAGUCCGGGGCCAGUGGAAGAAAUCAAGGACUCACGCAUUGCUGUCUACACGCUUGGGUGGCGCACUUCAGGGAACGAAUCAAGCAACAGCCGCUUCGGUUGCUCCAAGGGAGUGCGAGGUCAUGAUGUCCACAAGCUGGGAUUUGUGACGACACUUUGGUCCACCUUGAACAACAUGCUGCCACUAGGAAGUCUGGUUGCCUGGUGUGGAGCUGCGGCUCCAAAGCAAGAGUUCCUGCGCUCUGCACUUGUGGCUGGAGCUUGUGGUGACGACCUUUCCUCUACGACCGUCUUGGCCGCGAAGCUUGACGUGGUGAAACGGCGGCAGAUUAAUCAGAAAGAGAGCAUCGAACAGGUGUUGUUCGCCGAGAUUGUUAAGCGUUUUUCUCCGCAAGUUCACUGGGUGUUGAGGUUCGCGGACCACCAAGAGAUCUCCCGAUUUUGCGUGGAGCGGGCCAUGGACCGAAGCAGCACCAAACUCCGGUCUUCCGUGUCCCAGCGCAUUGACAUCAAGACGGGAGCGGUCCAAAUAGAAAUUGCAGAGGUGACCAGGCAAGUAUGCCAUAGCUCCGCGCACAAGAUUGUCAGCGUUGUUCUUGCAGCCGUUGCAGACGCUCCGCCGAAGCACAACGAGCCACACCACGAACGACGCGGCCUCAUCAACAGGCUCUCCAAGCCUGACUCGGAUGUGAAAGUUUGCUACUUGCGUGUGCGUGUGCGCAUGACACCUCGCUUGCUAACUGUCGCUGUGUGCGGAAAGCGGUGCCACCAGCCCUUCAAAAAGGAUCUCCAGAUCUCCAACCCACUUUGGCCGGGUGUGCGGGAGUGCAUGAUCAAAAUUCGCGUGUGCAUUGGCUGCUGCGGCCGCUGCGGACAGCUCAAGCCUUCAGGCGACCACGAUCUAUUCCAGGCCUUACCUUCCUUCGGGAUGUCACGUUCUAUCUUCAUGUUCGUUGCGCUGGCUGCUACGGUGGCAGCUGCAAGCGAUGUUGCCACUGGCGCUGAGGGCGCAGAGGACUACUGGGCAGGAGCCGUUUGGCAGGACCUUCAGCUGAUCUUCUCCUUCGUCCUGGGCAUUCUCUUCGUGCGCUCUGCUGAAACUAUCUUGGACGAGUCCGGGGCCAGUGGAAGAAAUCAAGGACUCACGAAGCUCGAGCUCUACCCCCUGCUGUCUUAG